AUGGAAGAAGAGAAGCAGCAGCUUCAUGUUAUGAUGGUCCCAUGGCUUUCAUACAGCCACAUAACAGCCUUCUUAGAGCUCUCAAAGAAAUUUAGUGUUAACGGUCUCAGAGUUUCCUUCCUCUCCACUCCCCUCAAUAUCAGACGGAUUAGGCAGCUACGCCCCAUUCCAAAAGUUGAUCUUCUGGAGCUUCCACUGCCCUCCAUUGAUGGAUUGCCCGAAGGUGUUGAGUCAACUGCAGAUUUGAAGCGAGGAGGCACAUUUGACCUACUUAUGGAGGCCAUGGACGGGCAGAAGCCAUUCGAAGACCUGUUGGGAAGGAUUUCUCCAGAUUUUGUAAUCCACGAUAUGACACAGUACUGGGCUUUUCUCAUAGCCGACAAAUUGGGAUACCUUGUAGGCCAUGGGGCCCCGAUAGCAGAAAAGGGCAUAACAGUCUCAGAUCUGACUGUGCCGCCGCCUAGUUUCCCCUCGCCGAAUAUCCGCCUUACACCAUUUGGAGCGUCCAAAUUCCUGAAGGGGAUCCAGAAGAGGGAAGGGCACAUCAACGUCGGAGAGCGGUUUGGCCUGUGCAUGAAGAAUAGUUGGGUGAUGGUGUUAGAUACAUGCGUAGCAUUGGAAAGAGAAUAUGUGCACUAUUUGCAAACACUCAUUGAUCGGCCCAUGCUUCCCGUGGGAAUACUGUUGCCCGAUCUACCACCCCGCCCGGCUGUGGACCGUUGUUUAGCCUGGCUGGAUCUGCAGCAUCCCCAUUCUGUGGUGUUCGUGUCCUUUGGGAGUGAAUGUAUUCUCACCCGUCAAGAGCUCGCUGCAUUGGCGUUGGGCUUAGAAGAAAGUGAGGUUCCAUUUGUGUGUGUUCUUCUCGGGCAGAUGGCUGCUGAGUUACCCAAAGGCUUUGUAGAGCGCACCCAAUUAAGAGGACUAUUGGUCACCAAGUGGGCGCCUCAGUUACACAUUCUCAGCCAUUCUUCCGUGGGAGCGUUUCUGACUCAUUGCGGGUGGAAUUCUGUGAUGGGAAGGAUUGAGGUUUGGGGUGCCGCUUGUCGCACUUCCUCUGCAACACGAACAGAGCUUAAAUGCUAA